CAUCGCUCAAUCAACGACUUGAGCAACGGGAAAGAGAGUUUGAAUCACGACUUCGAAACGUGGAGGAGAUGAACAGACAGUCGGUGAAUGAACUCAGAGAAAUGUUGAAUGGACAACAGAAACUUGGAGCACAGUGGAAAGAGGAAUCUAGAGCAGUAACGCAGAAAUUUGAGCAAACAGUGAAUGAGUUGAGACAAGAGAUUAAAAAGCAGAAACGAAGGAAUGAUGAACUGAAUGGCCAGUUGAACGAGGAGAGGCAGGCGAGAGAGGAGUUGGAGUCCAAGCUUUCGUCAUCAAAGCUUUCUCACGAGAAACUUCAAAGUAUGGUCGUCGAUGCAGAAACAAGAGCAGAUGCAGCAAGCUCUCAGGUAACUACACUUUUAAAUCGUGAGAGACAACUUUUACAAGAAAGAAAACUCCUAAACCGCGAAUUCGAGAGACUCAAAUUAGAAAAGAGUCGGCCUGGGUACAACAGAAUCCGGGAACCUCCUCAAAGACUUUCGGACUUGUUAAGCACCGCGAACACGGGAACCUCUGCUCAUGAGCCUGCAGUUCGUUUGGACCUGAUGUCUCCAAGGGAUGAUGGGUAUUUGCGAGAACUUGACGGCAUUGGAUCCAGAACAAGUUACAACGGAAUUUCAAGAGACAGAGUUAUACUUUGAUGAAGCAAGAAAACAAGUCUUUUUAGUUUCGAUUUAAAGAAUGUCUUCUAAUCAGUCUUUGUGUCUUUAAGUUCCUUCCGAAAUAUUUGGUCUCCGUCAAGGAAAGACGUGAUGUGCAACACGUCCAUGGCUCUAGCGGUGGAUAAGUUUGCAAACUCAUAACAUUUCGAUCAAGCAAAGACAGAUUUUCAAUUUAAUGCCCAAAGUAAAUUGGGAUUGCGCCACUUUUUCAACCAGUCAGGUGCAAGACUUACACCAAUCGCGAAACGGAACUUGCGUUUCCCGCGCUUCAGUUUUAGCCUGUCUUUUGGCAAAAUUUUCUUUGUUCUGAUUGGAUGUAUUGAUCGCUAUGUUCUGCUUUUACGUCACUCAAGCGAUGUGCGCUGUAUAAUGCAAUAUUUGUCUUAAUUUCUCGAAACAUUCUCGGUAUUUAUUUCAAACUAAGCUUUGAAGACAGGGAGUUUCCUAGUUCAGUAGAGCCUGGGUUUUAAUAACAACGGUUUUCAUCUACCAUUUCAGACAGCCAGAUAUUUUAUCACAAUGGUUUUAAAUAGACCUUUAGCGUCCUUGAGUAGUUCACUUUACAGACCUGAUGAAUGCGGUAUUUUUGACGAGAAGACCAUAAACAUAUAAUUAAUAUAAGUCAACUCUCUACUUUUUAGAGUUUGUUUAAGAUAUCUCUGGUUUUCAUAAUUAAUGAUCUUCAACGUGCGGGAAACCACAAAAUAAUAGACUGAUAUGAUCGGAAAAAACUAAAAUAUGAAUAUUAAAUAAAACAGGAACAAAGAUGGCUAAGAAUGGACAAGAUUGACGUGGAUUUCUUUUUCAUGACGAACUUGAAAAUUUCAGGCUAAUUUUUUAAAGAUGUUCAAAUCGUGACGUUACCUUUUUAAUGGUUAGCAUUUUCAUGGUAAGCGAUCCGUAAGCGUUCACAUGACUUUUGUACUGACGUGUUUUUAAUCUGAAAGCAAAUAGCUGUCUCGUCUUUUGGUGUGGUAGAAAUAUUGCUAUCUUACAAAAAUUUGACACUGCCCCGCGGAAGAUAAUUUCUAAGUGCUACCAUCAACUCAUAUUGUACAAAGGUUAUAAAAUGUAACUUUCAUUAGUGUGUGAAAAAUAAAUUGUAUUCUCGGUGAAGUUCUGUGUUGUAUGUCGAUUGGAUGAUGUACUCCUGACCAAGCAGUAAUAUAAGUUUAGU